GUAAAGGAAAAGUAGAUGGGCCUUAUAAUCAUGGAGCUCAGGAGUGAUGUGGUUCCAAAGACUGCAGAGAACUUCCGUGCCCUUUGCACACAUGAGAAGGGGUUUGGCUACAAGAACUCUGGCUUCCACAGAAUUAUCCCUGAAUUCAUGUGCCAGGGAGGUGACUUCACCAACCACAAUGGAACUGGUGGGAAAUCUAUCUACGGAAAUAAGUUUGCUGAUGAGAACUUCCAGCUGAGGCACACUGGCCCUGGAAUCCUCUCUAUGGCCAAUGCUGGAGCAAAUACAAACGGCUCCCAGUUUUUCAUCUGCACUGCUAAGACCUCCUGGCUUGAUGGAAAGCAUGUCGUGUUCGGGACCGUUAUUGAUGGCAUGGAUGUCGUGAAAAAUACGGAGAAACUAGGUUCUCAGUCUGGAAACGACUGUUGCUUGAGGGAGCUUGCGACAAGGCUGCCAUAAACGGCACCAGUUAAA